CAGAGAGCGCGUGUAUGAAACGAACACGGUCGAGGCUUUGGUUGAAGGGUCGCGCGGUGCAGCUGUCAGUGAGACUUGAAGGGCUGUGUGAGCGAUGGGCUGGUCAAGUGUCUGAGACGAACGAGACGGUACCUGUGCGUGUCAGGGGACGAUAUCGGAAGAAGUCGAUAGCAGUGAUAACCAGAGGAACGACAAUGGAUGGACUUUAAAAUUGAGAGGAUUAAACAGCUAAUGUUCUCCUGAAAAAUGGAACGGGGCGUGAGAGACUUAACCUGAGAUAGGCCAGGGCCUGGGCUACAUCCAAAUAUGGGGGCACCAACUUUCGGAAUUUGUAAAUGAGAUGAUUGGAAGAGCCGCGAUUCUUGUGAUCUGGUGAAUGUGGGUUCACGGACUCUUGUGUAUACAAAGUGUGUCAUGGCAAGGUAAACAGUUGUGCUGUUCCAUGUCUUAUUAGGCUACAUUAUAGCCUACUUGGUGACAAGCGGCAUCCCAUUCGUCACUGGGAAACUUGGGAGAAAUCUGCCCUAUCUUGAGCGCCACUACACCGGGACAGUCACCCUGCUGCUCGGACUGACAUGACAGAGGAGAGCAUGACGGCCGUCCGAGGAGCUCAUUCCCACCCGCCAGCGGCCGCAGGGGGCAAAGACAGCGGGCACUGUGGACCGGACAGUCCGGCACCCCCCAAAACAACCCCAGCUCCACCGCCGGACCCCGGCGACCAGCCUGCGUCCUGCACGAGCGACUUGGUCCGCACGUGGAGACAGUUUGCGAAAACUUUCAUGUUAAUAUUCCCCAUUUACGUUCUGGGGUAUUUUGAGUUCAGUUUCAGUUGGCUUCUCAUUGGACUCGCGGUGUUGUUUUUCUGGAGGAGAAAUUCUGGAGGUAAAAAUUCGAGAUGGAGCAGAGCGUUGGCUUUCUUUGACCAGGAGGAGAGGACUUUCAAGCAGAGCCUCGCGUCAUCGGAGCUGCCGUCAUGGGUCCAUUUUCCAGACGUGGAACGAGUGGAGUGGUUGAACAAGACAGUAAAACAGAUGUGGCCGUAUAUCUGUCAGUUUGUGGAGAAGUUGUUCCGGGAGACCAUCGAGCCGGCCGUGAAGGGUGCCCAUGCCCACCUCAGCACCUUCCACUUCGCCAAGAUAGACCUGGGGGACAAGCCUCUGAGGGUCAACGGGGUGAAGGUCUACACUGAGAAUGUGGACAAGCGCCAGAUCAUCAUGGAUCUACAAAUCAGUUUUGUGGGGAGCACAGAAAUCGAUGUGGACAUCAAGCGCUACUACUGCAAAGCUGGAAUCAAGAGCAUACAGCUCCAUGGCGUGUUGAGAGUGGUUCUGGAGCCACUGCUGGGAGAUAUGCCUCUGGUGGGAGCCCUGUCUCUGUUCUUCAUCAAGAGGCCGCUGGUGGACAUCAGCUGGACUGGCCUGACCAACAUAUUGGACAUUCCUGGGCUGAAUGGCUUCUCUGAUAACCUGAUCCAGGACAUCAUCUGCAGUUACCUGGUGUUGCCCAACAGGGUGACCGUGCCUCUGGUGGGGGACUUGGAGUUGGCACAGCUUCGCUUCCCCAUGCCCAAGGGUGUGCUACGGAUCCACUUCUUGGAGGCGCAGGACCUGGAGGGGAAGGAUAAGUACCUGGGGGGGCUCAUCAAGGGCAAGUCCGACCCCUACGGCAUCCUCCAGAUUGGCACGCAGCUCUUCCAGAGCAAGACCAUCAAGCAGUGCCUGCACCCCAAGUGGAACGAGGUUUACGAGGCGCUGGUGUACGAGCACUCGGGCCAGCAUCUGGAGAUCGAGCUGUUUGAUGAAGACCCUGAUAAGGACGACUUCCUUGGAAGCCUCAUGAUCGACAUGAGCGAGCUGAGGAAAGAACAGCAGGUGGAUGAGUGGUUUGACCUUGAGGAGGCGUCGACUGGCAAACUUCACCUGCGGCUGGAGUGGCUCUCCCUGCUCUCCACGGCCGAGAAACUGGAACAGGUAUUGAGGAGCAUCAGGGCAGAUAAGAAUCAGUCCAAUGACGGUCUCUCCUCCGCUCUGCUCGUCGUCUACCUGGACUCCGCCAGAAACCUGCCGAGUGUGUAUCAGGGCAACUUUGGCGGUGGCAACACCAAUGAGCGGAGGGCCUCGGGCCUGGUCUUUACCCCCAACUCCAACUCCAACUCUGCCUCCCCCUCUAGAUCAUUAUUUAGGUACCCUCUAGAGUUUAACCAGGACGGCUCCAAGCAGGCAUAUAAAGCACUGAAGUCUGCAAAGAAGUCCAGCAGCGACCCCAGUCCAUAUGUGGUGUUCACUGUGGGAUCCAAAACCUUCCAGAGUAAGGUGCGUUACAAGAACCCAGAGCCCCUGUGGGAAGAGGCCUUCUCAUUCCUGGUGCACAACCCCUAUACUCAGGAGCUGGCAGUGGAGGUGAGGGACGAUAAGCACAAGCGCUCGCUGGGCACGUUGGCGGUGCCGCUGAGCUCGCUACUGGGGGAGGAGGACAUGACGCUGACUCAGCAGUUUCCCCUCAAGAACUCCGGCCCCGGGUGCACACUCAAGCUCAAGAUGGCCCUGCGAGUGCUGUGUCUGGAGAAGCAGUCCAAGUCAGACCAGCCGUCCUCAGUGCAGGUGAGGCGCACCAGUGACAGCGUCUGCAGCCCUGGCGUGUCCUCCGUAAAGCAGCCCUCUGCCUCCGAGCCGUCCCAGCCUGCCCCCUCCUCUUCAGCUGUCCCCUCCUCCGCUUCCUUCACGGCAGUUCAGGGGCUCUCGUCGCAUGCCCACCUAGCCGCUGGUGGCCCUGUGAGCAGCCCAGCACGGCGGGCGAGUGAGUCGGUGGUGCGGCGCAGCAGCUCCAGCCUGGCCAUCAGCAGCAGUCAUAAGCAGGCCCACCGGGAGUCCAUGACCAGUCUGGCCUCCGACACAUCCCUACCCUGCGCCACACAGGAGCUGCAGAACAGGCUCAAGCAGCUGCAGAAUGGUUCGGCUGCUACUCACUACCCUCUAGGCGAGGUGCAGCUCACAGUGAGACACAGCUCUCAGAGGAAUAAGCUCAUCGUGGUGGUGCAUGCCUGCCGCAACCUUAUCGCCUUCACAAAGGACGGCUCGGACCCCUUCAUCAGGCUCUACCUGCUGCCAGACAAGAGCCGGACGGGCAGGAGGAAGACCAGCACCAUGAAGAAGACACUCAACCCCAUCUACGACCAGUCAUUUGAGUUCAGCGUGUCCAUAGUGGAACUACAUAGGAGGACUCUGGAUGUAGCGGUGAAGAAUGGUGGAGGACUGCUGUCCAAAAACAAAGGCCUUCUGGGAAAGGUGGUUGUGGAUUUGGCAAGUGAUGACAUUUCCAAGGGAUGGACGCAAUGGUAUGACCUGACUACUGAUGGGGCGAAGAAGGCUGCUUAGAGCCCCCUAAUCCACAAAGACGCCACUGAUCCAGCUCUCCCUCUCCCUCAGCCCUUUCAUCCCUCGCUCCGGCCUCGCUCUCAUCCACACAACGGGCCCAUCCAUUCUCCAUCUUAUCUCGCGUUCUUAUGUUUCAAUUUUAUUUCUUUUUUUUAUUAUUCUUAGUUUUUUUUAAGGCAAACCAGUGUCGAACAUAUCAAGAUGUGUUUUUUUUAUUUAGUCUUGUCAACAUGUGUUGACUGCCAAAGCAGAAAAAGCAAAAAUUGUUUACUGCCUUGUUUUGUAAGUCUGCCAUGUUUUUUCUAUGUAUGUGAUUUACACGCUGCACCAACAGUUGUAUUCUCCCGUUUGGAGAAUUGCAGGGGUUUUUACAGCUUUCUGUAAAAAGAAAAUGCACUAAUUUAAUUAGAGGUUGGAUUUGGUUUAUAGUUACUGUAUGUACGUGUACUAUUGUACGUAUUCAGUUCAAGGACCGAUGUGUAAUGCUAAAAUUGGAACCUUCGAGGCAAUAGUUCAAUAGCCUUGCUUUCUCGACUGCAAGACUCUAUGAGUCUAUGGUCUGGCCAGGCAAACCCAAAAAAUGGAACCCAUCAAUUCUGAGCCAUUUCCAACAGCUCGAUGGAGCGUGUUUAACACAAUGAAGUUAACAGUUGAGUGAAGGAAUGGGUGCAGUAAUCGAUUGAAGCUUCGACCAAUGAAGGCGAGCUAUACACCCCCACACAAUAAUGUUCCAGAUGGUUUGCCUGGCUAGACUACAGUCUUGAAGAUACGUACUUGCAGUCGAGAAAGCCAGGCUAAUAUUUUCCAAAGGACAAUCUGAGAAAAAAAAUCAAAUUGUGAGCUGUUCUGUUGCAGUUGUUCAUUUGACAGCAUGCAUAUGUGCAUAUGAGACUGGACAGGAUUGAAUGCACCUGCACUAGCAACUGGUUUGUGGUGUUAUGCGGUAGUGUAGGAUUUAAUGUUAUUUUUUAAUUAUUAUUAUUAUUGUAAGAGGAUGGAUACAUUACUGAGAAUGCCAAGUUAAAUGAAGUUACAUUUCUAUGCUGUUGAACUGUUUUGUCCCCUUUUUGAAAAUGUGUGUUAUUUAAAAAAGUACUUUAUUUUAAAAGUACUCGUAUGCCAAUGCUUGACAAUGUACAGCACUCAGCUAAGUAGUGCUGUGAAGAUUUUUUUAUGUACAACUGAUUUUCCUUUUCUCAUUCUUGCAACAAUGUACAGAGAGUUUAGUCUGUAAAAUAUUACUUCUGGUAAAAACACAUUCUACUACUGUUUGUGAGAAAUGAAAAAUGGCUUUUGCAUAGAAAACCUUGAAGAGUAUACAUGGUCAUUUAUUUUAGUUAUACAAGCAUGGCUGGUAUAUUUAUUUAAUCAGAUUACUUGACCAUUGAGAUUGCUGGCUCGGAGUCUUGCAGUAAUGUUGCUUGAUUAAUUGCCCUUUAUUCUCAUUGUAUGUAUGUACACACAUAUUGUUUGAUUUGUCCUCUAUCUGUUAUUCUUUCUCUGUGCCUUAUCAGAGACGGAGUCCUCAUGGUAUGCAGAAACACACCCCUAAGUCUCCGUAGCAUUAAAAGACUUUGUAAAUGCUUUCUUGCAUAUCGAAUACAGUAUAAAAUAAAGCCCAAUUUAAAAUUCU